AUGCAGGUCUGCAGCACUGCAUUAGUGAUCUUGGCCACACUGUUGAUUGCCACAGUGGAUGCCAAGAUUUAUGAACGCUGUGAACUGGCAAGGAAGCUGGAGAAGGCUGGCCUCAAUGGCUUCAAAGGCUACACUGUUGGAGACUGGCUGUGUGUGGCACACUAUGAGAGUGGCUUUGACACCUCUUUUGUGGACCACAAUCCAGAUGGCAGCAGUGAAUAUGGCAUUUUCCAGCUGAACUCUGCCUGGUGGUGUAACAAUGGCAUCACACCCACUCAGAACCUCUGCAACUUGGAUUGUAAUGACCUGCUCAACUGCCAUAUUCUGGAUGAUAUCAUGUGUGCCAAGAGGGUUGUAUCUUCACAUAAGAGCAUGAAGGCCUGGGAUUCCUGGACUCGGCACUGUGCUGGUCAUGAUUUAUCUGAAUGGUUAAAGGGGUGUGAUGUGCAUCUGAAAAUUGACUCAAACUAUGAUAACUGGUGACUCAAAUUUUAUAAAGAUAAGAGAUUCCAUUUUUGUGGGUUUAAUAAAAGAUGGUAUCUAUAAAU